AUGGCCGACACUCCUCAGCCCGGCCCUCUCCCUUCGCUUCUAAGAUUUGGGGAUUCGUCGGACCACUCACCUGCUCAAAUACAGCCACAGCAGACGCCUCUUCCCGCUGUGUAUCGGCAGUGGCUAACACCUCCAAAUCAGCGAGUGGCACCAUACCAAACUUACAAGCCAAUCCAUUGGCACUUCAACAGCCAAGAGCGGUCUUUGGGGUCUGGAACACCGCCGCAGUUGCCAAGCAGCAGUCCACCACGAUCCUCCUCUCCUAUAUGCACUUCCGAGCCCGAAGGCUCACUGUUGACCGCUGCUGUGACCUCGGAACGGUCCAGAAAGCCCAGGAAUCGCGUUACCAAGAAGAAUCCGGUCUUUGGAGAGGUCCAGGGUGCAAUGAGAGGAUCGAAGCAUAUCUCCAUACUCAGAAACAAAGCGCUCCGAGAUAAAGUCGAAGUCAAAUCCGAGGCCAGCGCUCGCUUCUUGCGUCUGAGCGCCGACAUCAUUGAACGAUGUGAACGUCUGUCUGUUGAAACCGGCAGCUGGGUUCAUUUCUCUGCUCAGCAUCGAUUUGCCGCAGACCCGUUUCUCCAUUACACAUCGCCUGCGUUACUGAAAGAAGCAAAACAAGAUAUGACUCGAAUCACCAACGACUUCAGCAAGCUAUUCAAGACACUCAUGGCUGCUCGGAACGAGUCGACAAAGGAAUUGCACAAGAAGCUAACUGAAGCACAGGAGAAGGAGAAGGAAGCAGCAGCUGCGUUGGAGCAAUCACAGCAGAAUGUGGCUGACGCUGCAAGACAGAUGGAAAUGCAAGCAGAGGAGCUGCGUGCAAAGGAAUUGGAGUUGGAGUCGUAUAGGAUUCGGCUUCGUAUGGCCCAAGGACAAUCCAAGUAGAUUUUCAAAAUGCCUCUAUCACCGUACAUGGCUGCAAAUGUUAUAUUACACAUUGUCUAACCCUUGCUUUUUUUUAAAGUCAUCUUUAUUAUUUC